AUGUUCGGUAUAGCAAACUUGUUAUUAGUUUCUGCAGGAGGUAUGUGGGCUUGGACAUCUCCAGUAAUCAGUAAGCUAAAAUCUAACAGUACCGAAGAAAAUCCUCUUGGUUCGCCAAUAACAACGAUGGAUAUAUCUUUGUUAGCUACUGUUCCCCAAAUUGCAACCUUUUUAUCAUUUAUCCCAAUGGCAAAACUGUCCCAAGCUUUUGGGAGAAAAAAACUUAUGCUGUAUGGAGCAGUAUGUUUAUUGGUUGCACAGAUUGUAAUUGCUUUUGCUAGGCAUAUUUAUGUGUACUACGUAUGCUUGUUGAUUGUAGGGUUGGGAUUGAGUGCAAUAUCCAUAAGUGUGCCUAUAUAUUGUGGAGAAGUAGCAGAUACUUCUAAUAGAGGAGUAAUAGGUUGUUUUGUAGGAUUAUCUGUAGUUUUUGGAAUGCUUUUAAUGUAUGUUUUCGGUUCUUUUUUAAGUAUAAAGAUGUUUACUUUGAUAUGUGCAUUUCCAAGUUUAAUUCAUAUUAUAAUUCACGUGUUUGUAAUCGAAUCACCUAUUUACUUAAUUUCUAAAGGUAAAAAAAUAGAAGCUAUAACAGCUCUUGAGAGUUUACGGCGUAACAAAAGUCAUCGAGAACUAGAAACAGAAUAUUUAUCGUUACAACAAACUGUUGAGUCAGAUUUAAACAAAAAGAAUCAUAGUAUUGUAGAUUUAUUUAAAGCACGUGCAGGGGUCAAAGCCUUUUUUAUAUCAAUUACUUUAUGCAUAGGUCAACAGGCGUCCGGUAUCUCAAUCAUUAUAGCGUACUUGGGUUUAAUAUUUAAUGAAACUGGUGCCAAUAUAUCUGGUGAUAACGUUGGAGUUAUAGUAGGAUCAGCACAAGUGCUAACUUACGCUGUAUCAGCAUAUGUCAUUGAAAAACUAGGACGAAGAUCUCUGUUAUUAUUUUCCUCACUUGGCUGUUCAGUAUUUAUGUUCGCAAUGGAAGCAUUUGGAGCUUUUAGCUGUAUGAUAGCUCACAGUGCAGUUUCUCUAUUGGCUUUCAUUGUUUUAUAUGUGUUACUACCAGAAACAAAAGGAAAAACUUUAAAUGAGAUUCAAGAAUUACUUAAUAAAUAG